AUGGCUUCUCCUCAGCAAAUCCGUACCACCCUCACCGAUCUGCUCAAGAUCAACCACCCCGUCCUGCUGGCAGGUAUGAAUGUGGCCGCUGGUCCCAAGCUGGCCGCCGCUGUCACCAAUGCUGGUGGCCUGGGUGUCAUUGGUGGUGUCGGCUACACACCUGAAAUGCUCCGUGAACAGAUUGCAGAGCUGAAGAGCUACCUGCAUGACAAGAACGCACCUUUUGGUGUCGAUCUUCUGCUUCCUCAGGUCGGAGGAAGCGCUCGUAAGACCAACUACGACUACACCAAGGGCAAGCUUAACGAGCUGGUCGAUAUCAUCAUUCAGGAAGGCGCCAAGCUCUUCGUAUCCGCUGUCGGUGUGCCUCCCAAGCACGUCGUGGAAAAACUUCACGCCGCUGGUGUCCUUUACAUGAACAUGAUUGGUCACCCCAAGCACGUUCAGAAGGCCCUUGAUGCUGGUGCCGACAUCAUCUGCGCUCAGGGUGGUGAGGGCGGUGGUCACACUGGUGAUGUACCUACCACCAUCCUCAUCCCUACUGUUGCCAAGCUGUGCCAGGGCAAGAAGAGCCCUAUGACUGGCCAGCCCGUGCAGGUCGUUGCCGCUGGUGGUCUGUUCAAUGGCAACUCCCUCGCCGCUGCUCUGAUGCUGGGUGCCUCCGCUGUCUGGAUCGGUACCCGCUUUAUCCUUUCCGAUGAGGCCGGUGCUCCUGUUGCUCACCAGGAGGCUGUGCGCACCGCCGGUUUUGAGGACAAUGUUCGCACUAUCAUCUUCACUGGUCGUCCCAUGCGUGUCCGUAACAACGCAUACAUUCAGAACUGGGAGGAGAACCGCCGAGAGGAGAUGAAGGAGCUUACAUCCAAGGGAAUCAUCCCUGUCGAGCACGAUUUUGAGAACCUCGGUGACGAUGUUGAUGACGAGACUCUGGACAACGCUCGCCCGUUCCUGAUGGGUAAGGUUUCCGCUGUGGUCUCGGAGAAGAAGCCCGCCAAGGCUAUCGUCGACGAGAUCGUCUCGGACGCUGCUGCUCUCUUGAAGCAGGGCAACAGGAUGCUUGCCAAGCUGUAG